CUGAAUGUAUAGCUGACAUUUCUAGGCUUGAGCACCGUGCAGAAGUACAUUAGUCUGUGGUCGAGUUUCCAUAAUAUUAAGUAAGAUUUGAAGCCAGUAAUUUAAGCAGUGGUCUGUUUUUUUUUUAAGUGGGAGGUUUGUGUGCGCAGUGACAGAGAGAGUCAUUCAUUUAGAGCAGAUAAGGUUCUAGCCUGUUGGUCUUAGUCCAUUUAGUCCAAAGUCUUCGUACAGUGAGGCUGGAAAAGCGAGAGGAGGACAGAGCUGUGGAGUUUGCUCGGUCUCCUCAAUGGCUUCAGCUUGGCAGAGAAUUGAGUCCAUGCACCAGUGGAUUCUGGACAAUGGAGAUAAGCGGACUGACCCCUGGCUCCUCGUGUACUCCCCUGUGCCUGUACUUUGUAUUUUCCUCUGCUAUCUUGGUGUCAUUUGGAUCGGCCCUAAACUCAUGAAGAACAGGGAGCCGGUGGACCUCAGAGUCGUCCUGAUAGUUUAUAACUUCGCCAUGGUUUGCUUAUCUGUCUACAUGUUCCAUGAGUUUUUAGUGACGUCCUGGCUGUCAAACUACAGCUACCUCUGUCAGCCUGUUGACUACAGCACCAGCCCGCUGGCUAUGAGGAUGGCCAGUGUGUGCUGGUGGUUCUUCUUCUCCAAGGUCAUCGAGCUCAGUGACACAGUCUUUUUCAUUUUACGGAAAAAGAACAGCCAGCUGACCUUCCUGCACGUGUACCACCACGGCACUAUGAUCUUCAACUGGUGGGCCGGAGUCAAAUACGUAGCGGGGGGCCAGUCGUUCUUCAUCGGCCUGCUGAACACGUUCGUUCACAUUGUGAUGUAUUCGUAUUAUGGGCUGGCGGCUCUGGGGCCUCAUAUGCAGAAGUACCUGUGGUGGAAGCGCUACCUCACCUCCCUGCAGCUGCUUCAGUUCGUCCUCCUGACCACACACACCGGCUACAACCUGUUCACAGAGUGCGAUUUCCCCGACUCCAUGAACGCGGUGGUGUUUGCCUACUGCGUCAGCCUCAUCCUGCUCUUCAGCAACUUCUACUACCAGAGCUACAUCCGCAGGAAGAGCAAGCGCUCCUAACAGAGCGGGACCCGUCCCAAACUGACCAAUGCACACUCGAGCAAACGUCCUUUCACAGCAACGAUGGCCAAAGAAUUGCAUCAGAGGUGCCACAGUUAAAGUGAUAGUUCAGUGAAAAAUCAUAGGCCCCCCCACCACCCCCCAC